GUCAGACUUCCCACAGCUGAGUGGAAGUAUUGAACCCAAACAGUAAAGCUUUUGUUCAGCUUUAUUUUCCGAAACUGAACAUUAGAGCCGCUCCGGUCGGUAAUGUGACUCCUGUUUGGGUCCGCCUCUUUUUUUCCAGUUAAACCGGUUUAUCCUCCUCACCUCUGGGAGGAAAAGGAAGUGAAGGACUGAGCUGAACAAGUUAAACCAACUCCUCUGGUGUUGUUUCGCUGUAAUCCUGCUUUUAUAGGCAUUUGUUGUUUUGUCUGACUGCUCGGCUGAGCACCAUGAACAUGUUCAGAAGAGGUAAGGGGUCAGCCCAGAGCCCUGAAGUCCCACCCAGACCCACUAAAGAGGAGCUGGAAAAUCCUAUCAGAUACAGCAUAAAAACACCCGAUCCAGAAUCAAAUGCGGCCUCAGAGGAAAACAGAGAAGACACAGAUGAUCUCUACCCAAAGACAAAGAGAACAGGAGUGAUGGGGGUUGUGCAGAAGGUGAAUCCUUUCAAAUCCACCUCACAGACCUCCUCAUCAGUGUCGAAUAUCAGCAAAACUCCUUCCUCUGAAUCACUGGAACAGGCGACGGACUCCACUCAGAACCCUGGGAAACUGAAAGGUGUCAUGCAGAAAGUGAACCCUUUCAAGUCUUCCUCCCAGGUGUCCAAAGCUCCGUCUUCAGACUCGCUGGAACAAGAAAAGGAUCUGGACUCAUCUCAGGUAGGAAACAAAGCAUUCCUAGAGAAGAGCAGUCUUUAUUUCAGACCUUUGUUCCUUUUCCUUUGCCCUAUUUAG